AUGUUGAUCGAUGAAAACAAUACUCUGGCUCGUCUUGCUGAUCAAUUGCCGGGAAUGGAAUGGCUCAAUCCAAUACUCUUCGGUAUUUGGCGUUGUAUUGAAGCACAAGAUGAUCUUUAUUCCAAACGAGAUGUAAUUGUUGACCAGAUGAGAAAACUUCUCGGUGAUCCCCAAUCGGAUCUGAAAAUUCCCGAACAUCUGAAAGAAUUUGUGAACGAAUCCAUACCGAUCUGGAUUGAUCAUGCUAUCUUAGCUCGAGCGGAGUAUCGGCUCGAUCAUCAUUACAUGAUCAAAUCCGAUCAGACACGAACAAAACGAAUCAUGUCCAUCGACUUCUCCAACACCGGUGUUGUUCAACCCAGCACGACAUGGAGUGAUGGUCUUCAUCAAUUUCUACAAAUCAAACAUGGAUUGAAAAUGACACCAUUGUCUGUGACCAGCAACUAUCUUUCCAAUCUCGGACUUUUUAUGCGUUAUGGUAAGAAUAUCUUCGGACUGACAGGAACCAUCGGAUCGAAAGAAACACGAGAACUUCUCCAUCGAAUCUAUCAGGUUGACACGAUCAUCAUUCCUUCAUUCAAGGAGAAACGACAUGUCCAACUGAAAGCAAUCAUCACAGCUGAUGAUGAUCAAUGGUUAACAACGAUUGUCUCGGAAACAUUGAGCAAUGCUCAAAAGCAACGCGCUGUUCUGAUCAUUUGUGAAACUCGUCUCGAUGCGAAAACCAUCAGCAAACAGAUUCAACGAGCUGAUCCAACACUCUUUGUUCGUUUGUACACGGACAACACCAAUGCCGUCGAAUCGAAUGUGGUGGAAAAUCGAAUUGAAGCAGGAGAUAUCAUUGUUGCUACCAAUCUCGCUGGUCGUGGCACGGAUCUGAAAACCAGUCCCAGUGUCGAGACGAACGGAGGUUUACAUGUUUGUUUGACUUAUUUACCUAAUAAUGUUCGUGUGGAAGAACAAGCCUUUGGUCGAACGUCGCGUCAAGGUCAAUGA